AUGGCUCCGCGGCGAGCUUGCACUACCUUGCCCGUGUGCACUGCUGCUGCGCCUGUAGGUGCAUGGCUUUCCAGUGCCUGCGCGGGCAUCCAGUCUUUCCUCACAUCUUCUUCUUUCUCUCCCGUCAAACCCGGAGCAGCAGCAGGGACAAGACCAACCGACUCGCCCGCUCCGCUCCACACGCCUUCGAUCUGGCUCUCCGAGUGCGGCGGCAAAGUCCACCCAUUCCUGCGCGACGAGCCGCAGCUGAGCAAUAACCCCGUCAACCCCACCAUGCCAAACGAAAAACAAAACCGCCACCGCGCCCGCCGCCGCCGCUGCAUGUCGUACCCUCGCCCCUGUCCUCGUCCUCGCAUCCGUCGCCACAGCGUCCCCCUCCCGCAGCGCGCGCACCCAAACCCGCUCGCCUCGCUGCGCCGCCUCUCCUCGCACCUCAGCACGCUGCGCCCGCACCCGCGCAUCUGCCUGCCCUGCUGCCCCACCAGCGGCACGCGCCAGCAGCACGGCGCAAGCAGCUCGUCUGGCGUCGGCGGGAGCUCUGGCUACGGCUAUGGCGUCCAUGGCCCCUACGGCGCCCACAGCCCUUACGGCGGCAACGGUGGCUAUGCUUCUGGCUCCCCGGCGAGCGUAACGCCUCCGCCGCAGUCGCCGCGCCCCCAUGCCCUUGAUCUGCUGCAUGCGUCGCGCGCGGCGUAUCAGUGGGCGGAUUGGGGCACGCUGCUUUGUGAGGCGCGGCUCGGGUGUGCGGUGCAUUGGAGCGAGUGGGUGUUGGCGUUUUCGGCGGCGUGGGAGGCGCCGUUCCUUGUGCUGGAUUGUGGGGGUGUGGGGGAAGAGAGAGAGGUAGAGGAGGAGGAUAGUUUUGACGUGAUUUUGGAGGAAGACGAGGAAGAAGAGGAAGAAGUGGAGGAGGAGAGUGAAGAGGAAGAGAAAGAGGAAGACGUAUGGGCGCGCGAAGAGGCAGAAGAGGAUGCCACAGCAGCAGCAGCAGCAGCAACAGCAGACCCCUCUCCCACCGAAAGAGGCAGCCACCGCGCCCCUUCUCCCUCUCCCUCUUCCCUCCCCCUCCCCACCCCCUCCAACAUAACCACGCACACCCCUCCCCCACUCAACACGACGUCCCAAACCACCACCCCGACCCCAACCCUAACCGCCAUACCGACACCGAUCCCCCGUUCCCACGACAACAACAACACCCACAGCCACAGCCGCCACCUCCCCCGCCUGUCCUCCCGCCCCUUCUCCAUCGCCCUCGACUGGCUGCGCGAAAACAUGGCCCCGCUGGGCAGCGCCGUGUACGCGCACCCGCAGCAGCAGCAGGAGCAGCACAACCACGGUCAGAACCACAGCCGCAACCACAGUUACAACUACAGUCAUAGCCACCGGAAACGAGAACGCGAACACCACCACAAUCACAACCGCACCCACCCCCAUAACCACCCCACCGCCUCAAGCGCCAACGACGUCACCAUCACCGCCGCCGCUGCCACCACUUCCAGCUCUAAAACCACAACCUCCUCCACAAACACUUCCCCUCCCCCUUCUACCCCCACCAACCCCACCCACGUCGAAGAAACCGAAGUCGAAGUAGCUGCAGCACAAGCCAUAACGACAACAGCGACAGGCACCAUGUACGCCGUCUCUUCUUCGCCGCCGACGCCGACGUCGCGGCAGCUGCGCGGCGUGUCCGCUACGACGCUGGUGCUGCGGCUGAGUUGCGAGAGCUGGGAUUCUUAUGCUGCGAAGUGGUAG